GCCUUCAACCGGAACAGGCGCUUCCUGGUUACGACGUAAAGCUAAGCUAACGGCUAGUGUCGACUUGUUGGAUGUUCCUCCUCCGCGCAGCGGGGCUCCGCCUCAGUGUCUUCCCCCGGUGGCCUCAGUCAGUGACGGACGUCGGGACGCUCGGGUCGGACUAGCCUCUCUCUCACCGGUCGAACCCUGCGGCAUGUCUCUCCGGGAGAAGCCGGCCCCCGGCAGGCUGCUGCUGGACGACACCGUGCCCCUGACGGCGGUGAUCGAAGCCAGCCAGAACCUGCAGUCGCACACGGAGUACAUCGUCCGGGUCCAGAGGGGCGUGUCUUCAGACAACAGCUGGCAGGUGAUCCGCCGCUACAGUGACUUUGAUGUUCUCAACAGCAGCCUGAUGGUGUGCGGCAUCAGUCUCCCUCUUCCUCCCAAGAAGCUGAUUGGAAACAUGGACAGGGAGUUCAUAGCGGAGCGGCAGAGGGGACUGCAGGCCUUCCUGGACUCCAUUACCCAGCAUCCCCUGCUGUGCAGCUCCCUCACCGUCAAGAAGUUCCUGGACCCCAACAACUACUGUGCCAACUACACAGAGAUUGCCCUGCAGCAGGUCUCCAUGUUCUUCAGGUCGGACAUAAAGUGGGAGGUCCUGGAGCCUCUCAGAGACAUCGGUUGGAGGAUCAGGAAGAAAUACUUUUUAAUCAAAAACAAAGAGCAGCCCAAAGAGAGGUAUCUGCUGAGCUGGGUGGACCUGGGUCCUGACAAGUUCCUGUCGGACAAAGACCUGCAGUCGGCCAUGAAGCUACUUACCAGCCUCUCUGUGCCAUAUCUCUGUCCGCUCUUGUUCUCCAGCACCAGCGAGUCGUCAGCUCUGCUCAUCCGGCCGUUCAGUGAGCGAGGCUCUCUGAGAGACCACAUCUGUAAGGCAAAGCCCAGAGAGAGUUACCUGAGGAAGUACUGUAACCCCAAGAAGAGCCAGGGCCUGGAACUGUCGCAGAUCAAACUGUACGGGCGUCAGAUCCUGGAGGGUCUGAAGCUCCUCCACGAUGGCGGCGUGUUCCAUGGUCACCUACACACGUCCAAUGUUAUUGUGGACGAAGGCGUGUGUCGACUGAUGGACGUGGAGAACGGCAUGCUGGGGGUUCCAUCAGCGCUGCGUCCCAGCUUCACCCCACUCCGGAAGAUCAACACCACAGAGGGCGUUGACGUCUUCUGCUUUGGACACUUAUUGUACGAGAUGACGUACGGUCGACCGCCGGACAGCGUUCCACUUGAUCAGUACCCCGCGGCUCCUUACACAGCUGUUGUGUCAGUGCUGCAGUCCAUUCUGUCCACGGAGGCCUGUAAGAGCGGGAUGCCAACAGUGUUGGAGCUCAUCCGGACACCGCUGUUCAGUGACGUCCAGCUCCAUCAGUCAGAAAAACUCCAGAUCAAGGUCUCCAGCCGGCUGAAGGAGGCUCUGAAGACGGCGAAGGAGAGUCUGGAGAAGAGGCUGCAGGAGGAGCAGAGAGUGCUGCACCAGCACCGGAGGCUGACCAGAGCUCAGUCUCACCACGGCUCAGAGGAAGAGAAGAAGAGGAGGAAGAUUCUGGCGAGGAAGAAGUCCCGACAGUCGGCUUAUGAAAACGAAGAAGACGUCUCUGUCAGAAACAACAACAACUCUGGUUCUGGAGCCAGUUCCCCUCCCACAUGUCCAUCUUCCCCCACCCCCCCGUCCACCACAGAGCAUGCUCCAUUCUGACCAUGUCGCUGGGUAAAGUAAAAGAUUUAUAAUGUCGGUUACCAUGACCAUGACGAUGAAAGGUCUCCGGUGGUUUUGAAAAGCUGUCGUACACCCAGGCUUCCCCAGCGAGCUCCCGCCCACAUUCACACGCCUCAAGUAAUGAAGGAUCUAAAGAGCUAGUCGAAAACUGUGGAACCGGAAAUACGCUAAUUCACUAAUUAGCUAAUUAAUUCACGAUGUCAUCGCAUUGUAUUUACAUUAUGCCCCGUUUGAGCUAGACUUCAAGGUUGCAGUACAUGUUUGCCAUGUUUUGCAAUUUUUUAAACAUAAACAAUCUUGAUUUAGUUUUACUGAGUGGCACAGUUGAAUAAUCCACAGGGCAGCGCUCUCUGGUGGACAAACCACGACCUUUCUUUACUCCAAUUUCUUCAUACUUCUUGAUCUGCUGACAAAGACAGCGAUACCGAAAGACAAACAUCUUCGAUGAGCUAAUUUCGGCUCUUUUACCGUCUAGUUCACAAAUCACAAAAAUGUAAUGCUGGAAUCGCAAUGUUGUGAAUAUACAUACUGCAUAAAUAUGAUUUAUUGAAGAAUGAAAAAGAGAGUUUCUAAUGUUUACAUUAUCAUACAAGAGAUUAAUAUUAAAACUAAAAAGUAUGAAGUUGCAUUUAUAGGCUGUAAAUUAAUUUUUUUCUUUGUGUGCGAUAGUCCUCUCUUCAAAGAUAUUUUGUUAGAAUGUAAUACAUAAUAUGUAUUAAUUCUAUUUACAUAUAUAUAACAUAGAAUGAAGCCAUUGAUUGCUGCAUGUUGUGCAGACAGCAGUCGGUGAAUAUCAAAAUACUCAUUCAUUUCCAAACAGAAUUAAAUUUCACGUCGCACUACUCGACUACCGACAAACCAUGAUAUAUAUAUAUUUUUUUAUCUUAUUUCAAAAUGCUUCUUAAGUCUAGAUUUCAUCAGGAUGUUGUAUGAGCUUGUUUCGUGACUUAAAAAAAAUAUAUAUAUAUAUAUAUAUUUACAAAAAAUAUACAAUAAAUACAAAAUAAACAAGGAAACGAAUAUUUCUUCAAUCUCUAUUUUUUCAGUAAAAAAAACAACUUUAUGAUGUAAAUUUGUUUUUCUUUUUUAUUAUUAAAACCAAAAUCUCAUGACCGCCUCAUUUACAUUUUUCCAUUAACUGACAGUUGAAAGCUUUUUGAAAACGACAUGUAAUGUAAUGUCGUGUGAUGGUAGCGUCAAAUAUAGGUCCUCUAUCUACCUGAGAGUGAAGCGUCCAGUUUAGAGAACGUUCCAACUCUUCUCUGUCAUCAUCAGACCAAAACCGCAGGGGAAGGAUAAACAUGAAUUCAAUUGUUUUUUAAAGACAAUAGACUGAAAGUGGAUGCUGGUAUUUGAAGUGUCUGGCCUGGAGGUGGGUGUACGCACAUCUUAGUAAAAAAACCUCACAAUCUGCAAUGAUGUCCGAACGUCACCGACGGUCCAGCUGCUCCCCGAUCCAGAUUGUUCUCAUUGGAGAUUGUGAUCCGUCCGUCCUGUGCUUGGUCCGUCUGUCCGUCAGCAUGUCCGUCCGUCUGCUCCUUCCUCUGCUUGUGUUUUGUUCUGUCUGCUGGAGUCUGGGUGUGUGUUGGGGACGGGGCUCUCACAGUGGAGACGUGGGCAGAUACAAUAAGUGUGAUCGUCGUGCAGUGAGAUGUGAAACGCUUGUUUUUCCUCCCAGGCUGAUAGAAAAUACUUCACAAAUCUUUUUUGAAGCAUUUUUGUUUUUUGUUUUUUUUGGUGCUUUUGUUUAAUCUAGUACUCAGAUGAUUCUCUGUCCGCGGGAAUAUCUCUGAAGGACAUUUUGCACUCAUUUUGAUUUGUCUACGCAGCAAAUUACUUGAUUUCAUUGGAUUUAUUGACCGUCUCGGAGCAGGAAGUAGAUACGGAAAAGUGUGUCACUUUUGGGCCUAGAAUGAAAAGUGUUUCCAUCGGCUUCCUUGGGCGGGGAAAUGUCUCCUAUCCCUGCUGAUACCGAGGAGAGCGUCGGGGGUGUCCUGACCCGGGGAGGAAGCCUGAGGCAGAGAUAUUCUGUGGGAGCAAACGCGUUCAUUGACAACAGUGACCUUAUUAAAUCCAAAAGUUCAUCCAGAAAACAUUCCCUGACAACAAGGACGAGUCAAUCUUGAAACCUCUCUUGCAGUAUCUCGGACUAAUGCACAGAAUCGUUAAUUUCCCACCUAAACACAAGGUUUAUUUAUUAAAAUUGCCAAAGGCAGAGUGAUAAUAUUAGUUUGUUUGAUUUCUCAUGGCAGGAAGAUACUGACAUGGUUUGUGGCUGAAAAGAAAAACAUUACGAAAAUGUAUAAUCAAUGGAAAAGACUUUUGAGGACGUACGACGUCACAUAGCCGAUUCAAAUUGUCUGUAUUCCCUUUAAACUUUACAAAUGUUCUGCGUGGCACGUGCAAUUUUACAGUCCUCUGCAAAUGGCUUAACGUAAAGUUGUGUAUUAAAAGCUGUUUGUCAAUACGCACGAAGUCUACAUAUAAAUAAUGUUGUAGUUGCUGUAUUUUUAAUUUUACCACUUUCUAAGUCUACAAACCACAAAAACAAAACAAACAAAAAAACUACAAUCGACUACAUGUCCAUGUCUGAGACUUGGGGUAAAACAGAAACGGUGAAAGUACAUAGAGACAGUUUUUUUAGUUUCUGUCGUUAUCACUAAAAGAUUAACUUUCUGCGGACGAAUUUUCUGCUGAUAAAUUAUCUCAGUCGACAAUUAUUCAGCUUCAAUUUUUUUGCCGGAGGUUGUGGCAUCAUGUGAGAUCCGAUCGCAGAUCUGUUUGUGCAGCUGUGGACGUGGCUGAAGAAUCAUCUGAGUAUUACAUAUUUAAAAACACUAAUAGGUGACGGUGGCUGCUAAAUGUGAUGAAAGUCAAGUUCUGUUCAACAGCCGACCUGGAGAGGAUGAAGUUUUUUCCUCGCGCGAAAAACUCCCCGUCUCCAGGUUUCGGUUCCCAUCUGCCGCGCUGACGGAGUUUCCUUUUCAUCACGCAGCACAUGGUUCACUAUGAGGUCAGAGAGCGGGAGGAGUCUGUGGGCUCUCAGCUUCUGACUUCUGCUUUAGCUCCCCAACGUUUUCUUCCUUUCUGCCUGCGAUCCCUGGGUUUCAUUUGGUGUCACAGACAGGAAGGAGACGAGCCAGGCUCACGCUCAACUCGCCAUCAGUUCAUUGUGUUCAUCCAAUAAAACGAAAACAAAUAAAGAUUCUGACAAUACAAGGGCAGUGGCUCAGAUUGUACAGGACAACGAGUCCCAGAAGGCAUUGCUGUAAGAAUCCUCCAAUCAGAGCGCUUCCACUCGUGCUGCGGAGGAUGACGUUGAGUUUGAGGUUGAUCUUUGGUUGUUGACCUUGUUGGUUGAUUUCAUGUUUUUGGAUUUUGGAUGGGUUUGAUCAGAACAUUCCCUCUCAACACUGAAGCUCAUGGGUAGUGUAGUCUUAAGAGCUGUAGUCUUCCAGAAACUGGAAAACAGCAGAAACAUUUCUAACAGUAAUGACACAGUGUUGUAGGCUGCAGACGAGUCCUUCAGGUUCAAAAGAAAUUCCAUGCAUAGUUUUGAUUUAUCAAUUAACUUUGUCAAAAGUAAAGUAAACAGAAAUAUAUCAAUAUUUGUUGCGACCAACGGCUUUGAUACCGAAUUCUCGGUUCAAGAGACGACCAAGAUACUAGACAGGGAGUUUGUUCUCUGCAUCUUGUUGAACUUUCCUCUGGCUCAAUGUUUGGGCAGAUUGUCAUGUUGCAGAUUGACUUAUGGGACAUUAUGAGAUAAGAAUCAUAGACUGUUAUAAAAAUGGACGUAGUCAAAUGAAGCUAGAGCCUGAAGCCUGUAUUCUAUGUAAUGACCAGCAGGGGGCGACUCCAUUGGUUGUUUCUAUAGAAGUCUGAACGACCUUACUUGUCACUAGAUUUAUAUCGUCAGUAAAACAUUUAUUCCUGAGGAGAUUUUCGGUUCAAUCUCUAGUUUCAAGUCUUCUUCAGGAACGGCAGAUGUUCAUUUUGUAGAUUAAGGUUCGAUUUAGACUCAAAUAGACGAUAAAUCACCGCACGCAUUGGAGCGUGGAUGCAAGGUGAAUGACAGCUAGUACCAUCCAGUCGGUGCAUGGUCGCAGGUGUAGGUGGACGAGCUCUCAGUCAGGCCACACCCCCGCUCCUACGUCUGGUUCCACAAAAAUCAAGAUGGCGCUGGUCAAAAUGCAAAACUCAAGGCUUCAAAAAAGCGGCAGCUCAAAAACCGUUGCGGUGAAACAUCUUACAUGCCCGACUCCUUUGUUUGCACAACUGUUUAAAUGAGGCUGGGAAUCAAAACCUCUGCAACGGUCCCAGUGUCUGCAGUCUUAAAAACAGCACUUAGACUGUGGGUCGGGUUGAACUGAUGGUGGACUGAGCUGAGCCUGGACGCUGAUCGGCGGGUGCUGGUUUCACAAAGAUAAACUUCCUCCAGAAACACUGUCACUGUGGAGAAAACACACAAUAAUAAUAAUUCAUCCUUUACAAAGGGUUCGUUGGUUUGCGACUAAUAGCUUUGGCAUUGGUUAAUAACUAUUCUACCAAUCCUUUAACAAAUCCUCUAGAGGCCAAUUAAUUUUCAAGCCUAGAUACGGUGUGAGGUGAAUUUCAUUCAAAAUUGUCAUAACUAUGAAUAACAAUGGUGUGAAAGACAUAUUCUUGCAUUCAGGAUCAGUUACUAUUCUACUAUACUAUUCUUACCCAAUCUUAUCAGUAAUCUCCGAUGUCCAUAAAAAUAAAUGAACGUAAACAACGUUUGUGUUGCCAGGUUGUUGGAUUGAUUAUCCUCCUCCAGCGUCUCUUUGGAUCAGUUCCCUUCUUGAAAAUUGCCACACAGCAUUUGGACCCAAACACAUAAACGUCUUAUUGACAACUACAAACUGGAGAUGACACCAAAAAAAUAUAUUUUGCUGUUUUUUAAAUUUAUUAAUGACUUGAGUUUACAAACUGGUUCCUUAUCAAUGGCUUACAGCUGAUCUGUGGAGGAUUAAGUGUAUUAACCUUUAAUUAAUUGAGCUAUUAGUCGAAACGCUUUGUAAAAGGUGUCUCAUUAGAAACUGUUGCCAAACUAUUUUCUACCAACGUUUUGUAGUUUUAUGAUCUAACUUCCUCUCUAAUCUUGAGCCAACGUCUGUGUUGGUUGAGAGUCUUUGACAACAAUUUGCCCAUUUCUCCACCUGCAAGUGUUUGAUUUGCAUCAUGUGACUCGAGAGUAAAACUAAGACGAGCGAGAAUCAGUCGAACGGAUCUUUGUGCAACCAGCCGGGGAAACUUAACGUCACCUGGAACUUGUCGAUGUUGUUCUCUCACAUUCCUUCCUCUCGUUCUUCUCUCCUCAAUCCAGGAGCCCAGACCGCUCCUCCACCUCCUCCUCCUCCUCUUCCUCCCCCCAUGCUGGACUCCUCCUCCCGCCCCCCUCCUCCUCCUCUUCCUCCGUCCUCCUCUGAUGGAGCAGGGGGAGGCCGCGCCGCCCUG